AUACAUGCAUAAUUCAUUAAUUUACAUAUAAAAUUAAAUAAAAAAUUCAUUUAUUUUUAAUAAUAAUAUUUUCCAUUUCUUUAUCUUUUUCAAUUUUUAUCGAAUCAAUUUUCGCUUCAGGAAAUUUUUCUAAAAAAACUUUAAAUUUUUCCUUAUUUUUUUCUUCAUUUUCUUCUUCUUUUUCCUUAUAUUUUUAUUACAAAAACUUCACUUUUUUAUCUAUAUCUUCUUAAUUUUCUAUUUUCUCGUUUUCAUAUUACCCUUUAGUUAUAAAAACAGCCUUUUAUGAAUCUAUUUGAUAAAAAUCUCCCUUAUUUUCUUUAAAAAGGACAUUAUUAAAUGCUUGAAUGAUAGUUUUUAUAAUUUCUUAAUUCUUAUUUGAACAAGUGAAAAGUCCCUCGGCAUCAUACUUAGCGGAAAAAAACCUUAAUAUACUCCAAAUAAUUUUCUUAGUUUCUAAAUCAACUCCUAAUUUUUCAAAUAAAUCAUAUUUAGUUCCUAAAAGAAUUAUUUUUUAAUUUUUUUGCUAUUUUUUUAUUUCCUCAGUCCAAAAAAAUAAACUAUUUAAUAAUUAACUAAUAUUCGAAAGAUCUAAUAUUAUUACAAAAUAAAGUUCUUUUUCUUCCUAAAAAGAGCUUAUUAUUUAUUUUAAUUCCCUUCCUCCACCUAAUUCAUAUAUAUUUAUUAAUUCUUAUCUGCUUUUAUUAGAAAAUCUUAUAAAUUAAAAAUCUAUUCCGUUUGUUGGAAUAUAUUUAUCAUCGCCUUAAUAUUGACUUUUUAAAAUGU